AUGUCAGCUGCGCCUCGCCUCCUGCACCAGGAGCUGUCCUGUCCGCUGUGCCUGCAGCUGUUCGACGCGCCCGUGACAACCGAAUGCGGCCACAGCUUCUGCCGCGCCUGCCUGGGCCGGGUGGCCGGGGAGCCGGCGGCCGACGGCAGCGUGCCUUGCCCGAGCUGUCAGGCACCCACACGGCCGCAUGUACUCAGCACCAACCAGCAGCUGGCGCGCCUGGUGGAGGGGCUGGCGCAGGUGCCACAGGGCCACUGUGAGGAGCACCUGGACCCGCUGAGUAUCUACUGCGAGCAGGACCGCGUGCUCGUGUGCGGUGUGUGCGCCUCACUCGGUGCGCACCGCGGCCACCGCCUACUGCAGGCGGCCGAGGCCCACGCACGCCUCAAGACGCAGCUCCCCCAGCAGAAGCUGCAGCUGCAGGAGGCACGCAUGCGCAAGGAGAAGAGCGUGGCGGUGCUGGAGCAUCAGCUGGUGGAGGUGGAGGAGACCGUGCGUCAGUUCCGGGGGGCUGUGGGGGAGCAGCUGGGCAAGAUGCGGGUGUUCCUGUCUGCCGUGGAAGCAUCAUUGGACCGAGAGGCUGAGCGUGUCCGGGAGGAGGCUGGGGUCGCCCUGCGCCGGGAGCUGGGGGGCUUGAGCUCGUACCUGGAGCAGCUACGGCAGAUGGAGAAAGUGCUGGAAGAGGUGGCCGACAAGCCGCAGACUGAGUUCCUUAUGAAAUACUGCCUGGUGACCAGCAGGCUGCAGAAGAUCUUGUCAGAGUCCCCACUGCCUGCCCGCUUGGACAUCCAGCUGCCGAUCAUCUCAGAUGACUUCAAAUUCCAGGUGUGGAGGAAGAUGUUCCGGGCUCUCAUGAUGCCAGCGCUGGUGGAGCUGACCUUUGACCCCAGCACGGCGCACCCGAGCCUGGUGGUGUCGGCGUCCGGUCGCCGCGUGGAGUGCUCGGAGCAGAAGGCGCCCCCGGCUGCCGAGGACCCGCGCCAGUUCGACAAGGCCGUGGCGGUGGUGGCGCACCAGCUGCUGUCCGAGGGCGAGCACUACUGGGAGGUGCAGGUGGACGACAAGCCGCGCUGGGGCCUGGGCGUGAUCGCGGCCGACGCGGGUCGCCGUGGCCGGCUGCACGCGGUGCCCUCGCAGGGCCUCUGGCUGCUGGGGCUUCGCGACGGCAAGACCCUGGAGGCGCACGUGGAGGCCAAGGAGCCGCGCCCGCUGCCCGCGCCCGAGAGGCGCCCCACGCGCCUGGGCCUCUACCUGAGCUUCGGCGAGGGCGUCCUCUCCUUCUACGACGCCAGCGACCCCGACGAGCUGGGGCUACUCUUUGCCUUCCGCGAGCGGCUGCCCGGGCCAGUGUACCCCUUCUUUGACGUGUGCUGGCAUGACAAGGGCAAGAACGCGCAGCCGCUGCUGCUGGUGGGGCAGGAUGGUGGGGAGGCCUGAGCCCCGGGCCUGGCUGGGUGAGGGGUGCUGGGGCCAGGAGACUCAGGGGUUCAGACUUUGUUCUUUAGUACUGGGGGAGACAGGUGAGGGUAGGGGUUGCUGGGGCUGAAGACUGCACCGAGGGGGACAGGCAUUAGGGGUCUCCAGGGGUUCUAAGAAGGGUGGGAGGGUAGG